AUGAAGACCUCUUUGGCCUCUGCGGUUAUUCUCUUUACUUCGGUGCUGGCAGCGCCUGUCCCGAAGAAGGGGAACACACCUGCCGAUAGUGGAAACGCCAAUGCGAAUGUCGAUAUCCCCACUGGCCCCGGCCCCGUGUGCACCAAUACCGAGAUCUGUCCAUAUGAGGCCGGUGACAGUCAGUAUGCGCGCCGCCAGGAGCCUAUCCCGGCUGACCUUCUGGCCUCCAUGCUUGGGCGCCGCUAGGAGCCUAUUCCUACUGAUGCCAUCAUCUCGCUGGCUGGUGGAGGCCUAAAGAGAAUUGAGGAGGACGCUAUGGGCUCGUACUAAGUCCGUCAUAUGGUAUUCAGGAUGCUGUUAUGCUCCUCGAAUUAUGCCCCUGUCCUUAAAGUGUCUUUCUCUCAGUCCUUUCUUAUUUUCCAGAGCAUUCAACAUGCGAAGAAAGCGGGAAAUGACAACUGAGGGUGAACCUAGUAGCGUAC